AUGGCGCCAAAAAGAUCCAACAAUCGAUCUACCGACUACAGCCUUGGACUCUUGAAUAGCAUCAAUGCGCUCGGGCGCGAUACCACCAAUAUACAGGAACCCAAGAGGCGUCGCACCACCCAUACCAAUGUCUUUGAUAUUCCUAUCUCCCCCUCCCCUCCAAAAUCCCGAAAGACCCCUCAAACCGAACCAAAAAAUAUAAGCCGGUUGAGUUUGAGAAACCGUACAGUGUCUAGAUUCACGCGACCGGAUUCACCUCCCAACGUUUCCGAUAACGAAGAAGACAACGGGCCUAACAACGACGAAUCCGGGUCAGGCGAUAGCGAGUCCGAAUCAAUUCAAAAUCGACCCGGUGGUAGUGGAGAGGAGGAAUUGAAUGAUAACCGGGACGAGCUUCAGCGCCAGGCUGAACAUGAUCCGUUCCCCGGACUAGUCGAUCUGUUCCCAGCCGAAGAUGAGGAUCAAGCUGAUGAUCAGGUUGGAUACCAAGCUAUAAAUGCACAAGACAAUGAUGGACCCGAAUAUGAAGAUGAAGAAGAGGCAGAUGAUCAGGCUGGAGAGGAAGUUAGAGACGCACAAGACGAUUCAUCUGGAGACGGAUCCAAAUAUGAAGAUGGAGAACAGGAAGAUGAUCAUUCUCCAGCUGAAGUCCGCAAUCAUUCAACACCCACCCAGCAGAUCGCAAAUGCAGACACUCUCGAGGUACAAAUCCCCAAGAGCACACCAAGAAAGCAAAGGGAUGGCACACAUAUAAGUCGCGUGUCAGCAAAUGCUCGAGAAUCUCAAAAUGCCUCGUCGCAGCUUCAGGAAGUACCAGAGACAUCAGCAAUCCAGCCACCCCGCCCAAAUCAGGACCAUCAAAGCACUCGCUCCGAUAUCUUCACGUGGCUAACCGAGGCCACUAAAGAAUCUGGUUUCAAGAAUACCUGGGAAGAAAUUCGCAGAACAAGAAAAAUUCUAAAGGCCGGCGCUGAUCCCUCUACGAAAGAGCAUUUCAGGGGUAUCAUAAAACUCAUUCAGCGGCUACGAGGUCUAUUUGAAACAAUGGCCAAGGAUCCUGCUUCAGCUUCUUCCUUGAAAAACCAGUGCAGCCUCAUCGCCAACAGCGUCUUUAAAGAGAACCAGUGGAUCAUUUACACCGAAGCCCCAGAGGAUGAAGACGAUGGUGCACAUCUGGUCAAUCAGCUUGAAGCCCAUAUUGUUCCCCGACUGAUUGACCUGAUCAUACUCGGAUUCAAGACCUACAAGACUAUAAAUGAUCGGGGAGCGCGACAUUUCUGCAUUAUCCUGGAGUUGCUUUGGGGGUGCUGUGAUAGAAUUUCUUCUCUUGCCCAGAUGCAAUAUGAAAUUAGUGGGAGCGUGACGGCUCAUUCUAAAAGGGUGAUGAAACACGUGAAGACUCUUAAGGAUGCACUGAAAGACGGCCGGCUACGUGAGACACCUCAUCGCAUCCCCCAACGCCCUCCACCGUACAGGCACUUUGAGUUGGAAGAGGUCGACAGCCAUAUCUCUUGUGGACGGUGGACCUAUGCAGAGAAGAUUGCACUCCAUGAUGGCUUACAAUUAUAUGGGGGGGAAGAUCGAUACAUCGAUAUCAAGUGUGACAACACAAUCGGCGGUCAGCUCUCCGAGCGCAUCUUGCAACAUAUCCAGGGCCAAGCCGCCAAACUCGGGUUGGAUGAUCCAUGA